AUGAGUGAUAAUACUGAUGGAAAGUCGACCAAUACCCCAAAUAUAACAGAAAUAAAUGAUCCAAAACAGCUAACAACUGUUUACAAGAAGAACGGAUCGUUCGAUCAACGCAGAAAAUUAUUAUUAGAGGAUUUUAAAAAAUCAGAAACUCAUUCGAAUUUGUUAUUGAAAUUGAAAUUAAUGGUCGAAAAUAAGAUAAAGAAUGAUCCAUCAAUAUUGAUGAAGAACAAAGGAAAGAUGGGUGCAUUAAUACAAGGUGCAAUUAUAAAUGAUCAUAUGCAACAAAAAUCUGUUAACUCCAAAAAUGAUAAUAGUUUGUUGAGUAUAGUAGAUAAAGAUAUUCAAGAGAAAAUAAUAGAUUCGCCAGAAUUUCAUAAAGAAUUAAAGGAUGAAUUAAAGAAUACAAAACGAAUACUAUUAGGCAUAAGUGAUGAAGAAUAUGCAAAACAGCUAGAAGAGGAACAACGCCAACGAGAGUUGGAAUUGGAGGAAAUGAAGAAGCAAGAUACCGAAAGAGAAUUAGCAUACAAAAAUAAUUUCAAAGUUAAGAACCUUAGCGCAAAUCAUAAGGUCACCAAAGCUCCUAGAUUUAACUUUUCAUCAAAUAGGAAUAGCGAAAGACACUUCAGAGAGAACUAUCAGAGCCCUACUAAUGAAACUUCUAAUAACUCUAACAAGAAUAACGCUAAUAAUAGUAAUACUACUACUACUAAUACUAAUAAUAAUAAUAGUGCUGGUGAGGAUAAUAAACAAAAGCAAAAUGUUCCUUACUUAAUGUAUUAG